UUCAUUGUCAACAGACGCGUCGCUAAAAAGAUAGAUAAAAAAGCAGAGGAGUGUCAUCGGUUCCAAUUUUUAUCUAUCAAAUCGAGUAUUCGUACAAAAAGAAAAGGAAAAACUUAAAGAAGAAGGAGAAAAACAAAUGGAUACGUGAUAUAUUUAGUUUUAUCACUUAAUUCUGCGUGAAGUUGAAGGAAAAGACCUGCUGCCUUUUAACGGCAGCAGUUUUCGUAAAUAAAUUAAUCUUCGUAAAAGGAGAAGAGAAAACGCGAAGAGAUGAUGAACGAGAAGAUGAUGGACGCGCGAAGGCGCGAGAGAGAGCUGAUCGGAUUACGCGGAGUUCCUGAGGCUUGGAGCAGAUCCCCGACGCAAAUCGAAUAUAGCUCAGAUGAGCAGGACGAAGAUUUGAGUAAACAUAAGGACAAUAUUUUAUCAAAGGAUCGCAAGAGGAAGAGACAUGAUGCUAAAAAGAAGAAGAGCAAGAAACUGAAGAAGGAGAAGAAGGCAAGGAAAGAGAAAAAGAGAGAAAAGAAGGCAAAGAGAGAAGCGAGAAGAGAGAAGAGGAAGAAAAAGAAAGCGAAGAAAGAAACGGACAGUAGUAGCUCUGACGAUAGUGAUAGCAGCAAUAGCAAUGAUGAAGAGGUCUGGGUAGAAAAAACCACCAUUCUUGAUAAACCAAAGCCAAAGAAAGGCUCGAGUUCGGAUGACAGUGGAGACGAUGGUAUGGUUGGACCAGCCCCGAAACCGCACGUGACUCUUUCAGCCAAGGAUUUCGGUAAAGCCCUGCUACCAGGCGAGGGUGCGGCAAUGGCAGCUUACGUCGCUGAAGGAAAACGCAUACCCAGGAGAGGUGAGAUCGGGCUAACAUCAGAGGAGAUUGCGGCAUAUGAAUCUGUCGGUUAUGUCAUGAGUGGCAGCAGGCAUCGCCGUAUGGAAGCGGUUCGUAUCCGAAAGGAAAAUCAGAUCUAUUCUGCCGACGAGAAGCGUGCCUUGGCAAUGUUCAGUAAAGAAGAACGGCAGAAGAGGGAAAAUCUUAUAUUGGGACAAUUUAGAGAGAUGAUUAAUCACAAGAAAAUGGCACAGGAGAAGAAUUGAAGAUUUCAUCGUUUAUAAAACAUGACAUAGAUUCUUGUGUAUAUACAUAUUGUAUAAUUCUAAGCUUU